AGAGCUAUAUUAAUUUGAGUACAUUUGCAGAACAUAAUCAAAUAAAACAAAUUCAGCUUGUCAAACGAGAGAAUAAAAAUUCACCUAGCUAAUAUCGGUUGUGUCAAAACAUGGUUUUCUACUUUAAGAGCAAUGUAGUGCAGCCGGCCGCAAUGCUGUACAUGGGCCGCGACAAACACGAAAACGAGGAGCUCAUACGCUGGGGCUGGCCGGAAGAUGUUUGGUUCCAUGUGCAAAAUCUAUCGUCGGCUCACGUUUAUCUGCGCCUGGGCAAGGGACAGACUAUUGAUGAUAUACCCACCGAUGUGCUGGUGGAUGCCGCACAGCUGUGCAAGGCCAACAGCAUACAAGGCAACAAGGUUAACAAUCUGGAAGUGGUCUACACCAUGUGGGAGAAUCUUAAGAAGACGCCGGACAUGGAGCCCGGUCAGGUGGCCUAUCACGACGAGAAGGCGGUGCGCAAGAUACGCCUGGAAAAGCGUAUCAACGAGAUUGUCAAUCGCCUGAACAAGACCAAAACCGAGGAGGAGCAUCCCGAUUUUCGGGGACAGCGCGAGGCACGCGAUGCCGCCGAUCGUCAGGAUCAGAAGCGUUUGCAGCGCGAGAAGCGCGAACAGGAAAAGGAGGCGGCCAAGCAGCGGGAACUGGAGGCCGAGCUGCGCAGCUACGCCUCGCUGCAGAAAACGGAGAACAUGCGCACCAACUACGAUGCCGGCAACGAAUCUGAUGACUUUAUGUAGUAGCGAUAGCGAUUCGCCCACAUCCUAACCGCGGGCGCUUGCUGCAUUUCUCCAUUAGCAACCUGAAUAUCUAUAUUUAAAUGCUUUUUUUUUUUUGUAUUGCCAGAGUGUAUAACACUCAAAUGUAAUUAUAAAGCAAUAUCUGUUA